GCCCCGCCGCUGCAGUUUGAGGAGCGGGCGGGGCGGGGCUCCGCAGAAACCGGAAGUGUCUGUCGACGGGCCCCGGGAGCAGUUCCGAUGACUGUUCACAACCUGUACCUGUUUGACCGGAAUGGAGUGUGUCUGCACUACAGCGAGUGGCACCGCAAGAAGCAAGCGGGGAUCCCCAAAGAGGAGGAGUACAAGCUGAUGUAUGGCAUGCUCUUCUCUAUCCGCUCCUUUGUCAGCAAGAUGUCCCCACUAGACAUGAAGGACGGCUUCCUGGCCUUCCAAACUAGCCGUUACAAACUCCAUUACUACGAGACACCCACUGGGAUCAAGGUUGUCAUGAAUACUGACUUGGGCGUCGGACCCAUCCGAGACGUGCUGCAUCAUAUAUACAGUGCGCUAUAUGUGGAGCUGGUGGUGAAAAAUCCCUUGUGCCCGCUGGGCCAAACUGUGCAAAGUGAGCUCUUCCGCUCCCGACUGGACUCCUAUGUGCGCUCUCUGCCUUUCUUCUCUGCCCGGGCCGGCUGAUGGAAGCACCCUACCUCCCCUCCCCUCCUCCUGCCAGGAGAAUCCCUGUCUGCCUUGGGCCCUUCCUCACCUGUGUCACAUGAGGGCUCCCACUGCAUGCCCCUCUACCCCCGAAAGUUCCCCAGCAGCCCUACCAGGGGAACGGCCUAAAGCUCUCCCUGGUGCCCUCCCCGUGACAGGAAGGAAGCCCAGAGGAAUCCCCACACCUCCAAACCAGGCUCUCUCCAGUUUGAUCUCCUACCUGAUGCUGCAAAAGCACAGAAUAAACUUUCGGUAACCUUUUGCAGCC